AUGGCUUAUGUGGUACCAAUACACCGCGCAAGUGGCAUUCGACAUGCGGUGAAGCUGAAUUUCCUGAAUCCAGAAGAGGACUGUCUGGUAGUAGCAAAAGCAAACCGGCUUGAAUUCUAUACAUUGACUCCCGAUGGCCUCACACUCGUCUCAACUCGCGCGCUCUAUGCGCAGGUUACUAUGCUCGCCCGCCUACCGGCACCGGCGAAUUCACCGACGGACCACCUCUUCAUCGGCACAGACCAGUGUAACUAUCUCACCCUCGCGUGGGACACAGACGAGCAAAGGGUCAAGACGGCCCGAAACUACGUCGACAUAUCCGAGCCCUCAUCCCGAGAGUCCCAAUCACAACCACGAUGUCUUCUCGACCCCAGCGGCCGCUUCAUGACACUGGAGAUAUACGAAGGGGUUAUUGUUGUGCUUCCAGUCGUGGAACCGACCAAAAAGCGAGGGAAGCCCUCCCACGCCGCAUCACAGAUGGAGUUGCCCCAAGUAGGCGAGCUCGGGGAUCCGACCAACACACGUAUCAAUGAGCUGUUCGUUCGGUCGUCGGCGUUCCUGCACUCUGCCUCGGCCAGGCCCUACCUGGCCCUGCUUUACGAAGAUAACCAGAAGAAAGUUUCGUUGCGGAUUCUAGAGCUUCACUUCAGCAUUGGUCCCUCAAAUGGGUCUCCGGAUGCGGAGUUCAAGGAACCCUCUGAGAAGAACCUGCAGGGUGGCAUGUUGGGCCACGACCUUGAUAUGGGAUCUUCCCACCUGAUCCCGAUUCCUGCCCCACUAGGUGGACUGAUUGUAUUGGGUGAGACAUCGAUCAAGUACAUCGACGAUGAUGCGAAUGAUAUGAUUACACGCGAUCUUGACGAGGCUACCGUCUUCGUGGCCUGGGAAAAGGUCGACAGCCAGCGAUGGCUGCUAGCAGAUGACUAUGGCCGUUUGUUCUUCCUCAUGCUAAUUCUGAACAACGAGGGCCAUGUCGAAUCAUGGAAGCUUGACUGGCUGGGAAAUACAUCUCGUGCGUCGGUCUUGGUUUAUCUUGGCGGAGGAGUCCUUUUCGUUGGAUCCCACCUGGGCGACUCUCAAGUCCUGCGUAUUGGCGAUGGUUCCUUCGAGGUCAUCCAGACAUUGUCCAAUAUUGCGCCCAUUCUCGACUUCACAGUGAUGGAUUUGGGCAACCGUACCAGCGAGAGCCAUACACACGAAUUCUCAUCCGGACAAGCUCGCAUCGUGACGGGCUCUGGUGCGUUUGACGAUGGAACCCUACGAAGUGUACGAAGUGGCGUCGGCAUGGACGAGCUCGGAGUUUUGGGCGAAAUGGAUCAUAUCACAGAUCUAUGGGGCUUGCAAGUGCAGAGCACUGGUGACUUCCUGGAUACAUUGCUCGUGACAUUCGUCGAUGAAACACGAGUCUUCCGCUUUAGCGUCGAUGGCGAGGUGGAAGAGCUGGAAGAUUUCUUGGGUCUUGCUUUUGAAGAAAGUACCCUCCUCGCCGCCAAUCUCCCCGGUGGCAGAAUCCUACAAGUGACAGAGAAGAGAGCGUUGAUUGCCGAUGUCGAAAGCGGGAUGGUGACCUUCGAAUGGACUCCUCCAACGCAAAAGACGAUCACCGCCGCUUCAGCAAACAAUGAUCAUCUUGUACUGGUUAUUGGUGGUCGCGUACUUGCAUCCUUUGAUAUCCGAGGCGAAGCCAGCCUUAUCGCCGAGAAAGACCUCGACGAGGAUCAUCAGGUAUCCGGCGUUACAGUUCCGUUUGAACCGACAGGAGUUUGCAUCGCCGGAUUCCCGCAAUCCGCCCAGGUCUCCGUCCUGAAAAUCAAUGACUUCUCCGAGAUCCAAACAAAAUCGCUGGGCCCGUCCGGCGAGGCGUUCCCCCGAUCUGUUCUCGUAACCAACGUUCUUGCCAAUAGCCCGCCCACCCUCUUCAUCUCCAUGGCUGACGGGAGCGUCAUUACUUUCUCCAUGGAUACAAAAGAUUACUCGCUCGGAGGGAUGACGAAGCUCAUCCUUGGAUCUGAGCAGCCAACAUUCAAGAAAUUGCCUCGCGGAGAUGGCCUAUAUAAUGUAUUCGCCACAUGCGAGAACCCAAGCUUGAUAUACGGUUCGGAAGGACGCAUCAUCUACUCCGCCGUGAACUCGGAAGGUGCAUCUCGAAUCUGCCAUCUCAAUACCGAAGCCUUCCCCGGGUCUAUUGCCGUUGCAACCACGCAGGAACUCAAGAUUGCAUCAGUGGACAAAGAACGCACAACUCAGAUCCAGACGCUCCCGAUGGGAUCCACAGUCCGACGGGUCGCAUACUCUGCAGCAGAGAAAGCCUUCGGUCUGGGAACGAUUGACCGCAAGCUUGACGACGGCGUCGAGGUUGUCAAAAGCCACUUCGUGCUUGCUGACGAGAUCAUGUUUCGGCGAUUAGACGCGAUAGAACUCAACUCGGAGGAGCUGGUCGAAAGUGUUAUCCGGGCGGGAUUCCCCGGCGGAAAAGAUAGGUUUAUUGUCGGUACGGCCUACAUGGAUGAAGAAAGGGAAGAUUCAAUCCGCGGGCGGAUAUUGGUAUUGGAGGUCGACCAUGGGCGUAAACUGACGCAGGUCGCGGAGUUGCCGGUUGUCGUCUUCAAAAUCGUUCCUGACAACUCUGGGUCAAAGACGAAGCUUGAGCGGCUUGCCAGCUAUCGCACCUCCACUGCGCCGGUGGAUGUGACGGUCGUCGGAAACAUGAUCAUGGUGGCGGACCUCAUGAAGAGUGUCUGCAUCGUCGAAUAUAUCAAGGGCGCCAAUGGCGUCGCAGACAAACUUCACGAGAUUGGUCGCCAUUAUCAGACCGUGUGGAGUACGGCCGUUGCCUCUGUUGGUGACGAUACAUUGCUUGUUAGCGAGGCACAGGGCAACCUAAUUGUUCUGUCGCGGAACACAAAUGGCGUCACCGAGCAAGACAAGCACCGUCUCGUCCCAACAAGCGAGAUCUGCCUAGGAGAGAUGGUGAACCGCAUUCGAACGAUCCAAAUCCCCCAGAUAGCCAGUCUCGCGGUAACACCGCGGGCGUUUAUGGGAACGGUCGAGGGAUCAAUCUAUCUUUUUGCAUUGAUAAAUCCCGAUUAUCAGGACUUCCUAAUGACUCUCCAAACCGUGAUCGCCAGCAAGGUCGAGUCCCUAGGUGAUCUACCUUUCGAUAAAUUCCGCGCAUUCCGAACAUUAGUCCGCUCAGCCGAAGCACCAUAUCGGUUUGUGGAUGGCGAGCUGAUCGAGCAAUUCUUGACUUGCGAUCUGGAGCUGCAAGAGGAGAUUGUGGACGAGGUUGGUUGGGGUGAUGUGGAGAAAGUCAAGGGAACGAUCGAAGCUUUGAGGAGACUGCAUUAA